AAACAGUCUUUAUUGUAGUACCAUUACAUUUUGUAAUGAGCUGAGAAAUUUGUACUCAUCAAUGUUUUUUGUUUAGACCAACCAUGGCGGUGAAGAAGCAUGAGCUGGUGCAAGACAAUCGCCAGCUUGACCUGAAUUCACUUAUGCAGUAUAUCAAGUUAAUGAAUGAGCAACCACACUAUCUGCCGCCUCCGUCUGAACUUGUUAGGAAUUGCCAAGAUAUUGUCAAAUGUCUCUCUCGCACUACUGGUACCGACGAGCAGCUGUGGGAGCUGCUGCAGUCGAUCGAGGAGUUCCUCCACCGCGUGGUCAGCUCCGUGCACACCGGGGUCCGCCACGAGCUCAUCACUGCGGUCCUCGACAAGUUCCACUCCUUCAUCUUCGACCCACAGUCGGACGCUUGCCCAGCGACGUCGAUCGUGCUUGUGGUGCUGGACGGGCUGAACGAUGAGGAGACGUUGUCUGCGGCGCGCUGGCUCGUGCAGCAGGCGGACCACUCGCCCGAGGCCGCCGGCCUGCGCGCCUCGCUCUCCUGCCUCUACCGCUGGAUGUACGAGUGGCACGGCACACCCACGCUCGGCGAGUGGGUCAUGGCCUACAUCAAGGCUCUAGAGGAAAAUGAACAUUUUGAUCUGUUGGUGGAGGUGUCAGUAGACAAUGUCGGCCACUUGUUCCUUGCCAUGGGCAACCCGGUGGCGCUCCGCCAGUCCGUCGCUGACGUCAUAUUCCACAUCAUGGCUUCCCUGCGAGAAUCCGCCGAAGCUCUCGACAGAAUCUCCCCGCACGUCGGCACCGUGCUAGUGAACCUAGCGGCCGACAGUGGCCAGUGGAGUCGACAGAUCCUCCAGGACGUGGUGGACAUCCUCACGGCGAUGGUCGAUGGACGCAUGGAACUGCUCAAAGGCGACGCUCAGGACAUGUUCAAAGAAAAACACGCCGAUUUGAUGUCGUGCCUGGAGCGGCACAUGGCUUCCCGCGACUGCCGCUUCCUGCAGCGGCCGCCGUGGCGCGCGCGCGACGUGUGCCUCUCGAGCGUCAACUCGCACGCGCCGAUGCGUAAGGUCGGCCUGCUCAACCUCGGCAACACCUGCUACAUGAAUAGCGUCAUGCAGGCGCUGCUCGUCACUAGACCUUUCAGUACCCACACAGUUUUGAAGAUGAAUGCAGUGCCAUAUUGGUCAAAGAUGGGGAUGCUAUUCGCCAAAAUGAUGCAUUCGAUCAGCACCAAACUGAACCCCGAUGAAUUCUUCUCUGUGGUCAAACCACCUUUCUUUACUAAGGACAACCAGCAUGACAGCUCUGAAUUUCUAGGAUACCUAUUCGAGUUGCUGCAGUCUCACGAGCACGGGUCCGACCGUAACUUCGACUACACGCGGCCGCCCAUCAUUGUCGGCCGCAGAGCGCUCCCACACAGCCCGCAUUCGCCACCACACUCUAGUGACGGUGAACAUUCAGAUCCGGGCACGAACCGCCGGUCCGUGUCGCCGCGGCCCGGGAGCAGCGCAGCCGGUUCCAGCUCAGGUCUCAAACGGCACGGUGACCCCGAAAUGCACUUGCCUCUCAAGAAGCGAUUGCGCAUGACCGAGUCGGCGUUCCUGCGGCGGGACUCGUUCAUCGACAGCAUGUUCGGCGGCGUGCUGCUCACGCGAGUCGAGUGCACCGAGUGCCACUCGUCCUCGCUGUCCCGCGACGUGUUCCGGGACCUGCAACUCGCGUUCCCCGAGAAACUAGAAGGCACCCAGCACAGCGUGCAGAGCUUGCUGGAGUUCUACUGCUCCAAGGAGCGGUUGUCCGGCGACAAUAGAUACGAGUGCCGCGACUGUGGAGGCCUGCGCGACGCCGAGAGGAGCGUGCUAAUCGAAACUACUCCCAAGUUUCUCAUUCUGGUGCUAAAGAAUUUCAAAUUUGAGCCGAAAUUGCAAGUUCAAACCAAAUUAAUGCUCUCGAUUCAUCACAACCACACUGUGACGUUGCCGACUGUGCGCUCCCAGGCCGACCACUCCGCAUACAUAUUGUACGCUGCCGUUAUUCACGCCGGGACCACGCUCGACUCCGGGCACUACUACACCCUAGCGAAAGACAAUGGACAGUGGCACAUGUACAACGACGACGUCGUGUCCGCCGCCGAGGAGGGCCAGUUGAGCGGCUUGAAUCGUUCUAGCACGCCCUACAUCUUGUUCUAUCGACGCACCGACAUCGACGAGGGCACCGCGCCCUCGCUGGAGGAGAUGCCACCCAAGGUGCAGGAGUCGGUCAUGGCGCACAACAAACACUACGUAGAAACAGUUCGCAAAAUGCGGCUGACGAGGCCAUGACGGCUCCGAUCCGACAAGUACAUUGAUUUCACUGUACUGGACUACGUCGACCCCGAGCAAUAAGGACACAUUGUUCCAUAUCAAAAAGUGACAUAAUUAACGCUGCAAGGAAACGCGACAAAGUUUAGUUUACGAUAGACUAUUAGUUGGUUUUUAUUAUUAGCCAUGACGCAUAAUACAUCAAGUGAAGUGAAUUAACUUAUAAGAUUUUGACAGACUAUAAAAUCUAAGUAUAUGUUGUUCGUCAUGCACAUCCGUUUUGUGAUAUAGUUGUUGAUCCGGAUUGAAGAUGUGAGUGAGAUAUUUUCCGAUAGAAACUAAUAUAUUCAUU